AUGGCCGACCAAAGCAGGCAAAUUAAACUCGCUGCAGCUAAGAAAAAGCUGAAGGAGUUUCAGCAGAAGGGCUCUCCUGUUAGUGUGGGAGGUGGAGGAGGUGGUGGUGGUGGUGGUGGAGGAGGAGCAGGGGCCAAGAAGAAGAGGAAGGUGAAGGGACUGAGCCAACACGAUGCAUCUUCAACAGAUAGAAACUCUCCAGACGAUUUUGACUGUUUUCUGAAAGCACUUAGUCAAAGCAAUGGAGUAGUCCUACCUCCUUAUGGCAACAGUAAGGCCUUUGCUGACAUGGAGGCCGUCGGGUCUUCAGUUCCUCAGUUGCUGGAGGACCCAAAGGGCGAGCUGGGUCAUGGCUCACCCAUGUCUAACCUCGCGAGCACUAACGCUGCUACUAACCCAGAGUCUGUUGGUCACAACACUGACCUCCAGGACUAUCCCGAUACCAAUGGCAAUGAGAGUUUAACGGAAGAAAAUAGACCACUGUCUUCCACAGAGAGCCUGCGACAGAUCUCUCAGAAACUGAAUGGACUUGUCUCUAAGUCAUCUGCUGCGUAUGUGAAUGGGGACAGUCCACCUGUUAGUGAGAGAGAGCUGGAGUGUCGGAACCAGGAGAUGGCAGCCGCCCUGGAGUCCAGCGAGCUAACAAACUCUCAGUUAAAUACCAAGCUAGACCAGCUGACACAGCAAUCUCAGGGGCUCUCCGAUCAGCUACAAAAGGAGCGAAAAGAAUUUGAACAGAGGUGUUCGAAAGAGCAGGGAGCCAUGCGGGAGCAAUUACAGGUUCACAUCCAGACCAUUGGUAUACUGGUAUCAGAGAAAUCAGAAUUACAAACGGCACUACAAUACACACAACAUGCUGCGCGGCAGAAAGCAGCUGAAGCAGAUGAGUUGAAUAACCGUCUGCAGGCAACGAAGCAGAGAGUGUCGGAGCUGGAGAGAACUCUCUCCUCCGUCUCAACACAGCAGAAACAGUUUGAAAAGCGCAACAAAGAGUUUGAAAAGGAGAGAGACAGCCUGAGGCUAGAGGUGUUUAGACUAAAUAAUUUCAGUGAGGAGUCGAAGCAGCAGAAGUCCGAGCUGUCGGAGCAGAUAAAGCUGAGCUCACAGGAGAAUAUCGCAAUGAGGCUGGAGGUGGAAGAUCUUCGCAAGAGACUCGAGAUAGCUGACCUCAUGUUGCAACAGUGCUCCAAUCAGUCCGAUCCCACCAGCGUCCACCAGCAGGUCCAGUUACUGCUGGGAGAGAAGCAGCAGCUGGAGGAACAUAACCACCAGCUGAUGGAGUCAAUAGCCCAGCUGCAGACAGAGAGGGAUUGCUAUGCAGAGCAGAUCCAAGAGGAAGGUCAUGUAUGGAAGGACAAGACGGAACAGCUGCUAACACAGGUGUCUUUGAUUGCAGAGGAGCGGGACAGAAACAUUAACCUUGUCCAGGAACUGGAAGACAGCAUCACAGAGCUAAAAAAUGCUGCAGUGUUGUUGUCCCAGGAGAGGGAGGCCCUGGAUAAUGCAGAGCCUCAGUCUUCAGGGCCAUCAGAGAGUGAGGUGGCUCUGCAGGAGGCCCUCAACACUCUACAUCUGGAGAAAGACGCUCUUAUCGCACAGUACCAGGCACAGCUACGAGAUAACGAGCAGCUGAGCCGCCUGUGUGUGGAGCAGGAGACGCGUAUGGGGGAGAUGGAACGGCAGGUGGAGAGACAAGUCGAGGAGGGAGACGACCGCCGGCGCAUGUUGGAGGAUGUUCAGUCAGACAAGGCCACUAUUAGCCGUGCUCUCACCCAGAACCGAACACUGAAGGACCAGCUGGCUGAGCUACAGAACGGUUUUGUCAAACUGACGAAUGAGAACAUGGAGCUCACCACUGCCAUCCAGUCAGAGCAACAUGUCAAAAAGGAGCUGGCCCGCAGAAUGGGGGAACUGCAAGAGGCGAUGCACGACGUCAAGGAGCAGCUGGAGCUGAAAAGUAAGGACAGCCAGGCUCUGAUGGAGCAGAGGGACCAGGUCGUGGCCCACCUGCAGCAAUACUGUGCGGGCUACCAGACGCUGGCCUCAGAGAGGGAACAGAUCCACCACCAGUACCUGCAGCAGAUCCAGCUCAUGGACCGGUUGCAGCACGAUGAAAGCCAGGGCCGCGUGCAACUGGAGAUCAGUCACAAUCAACUCAAGCAAGCGCAGGAGCAUUUGGAAACUUUAGUCAAAGACAACCAUCAGCUGCAGGCUGAGGUGAAGGAGCUGCUCAGCAGCUCAGCUCUGGCCACAUCAUCCAGAGACCAAGGCGAUGGAGUGGAGAGCCAGUCCAUGCAAGAGAGCCCAGAGAAAUCCCCCUCCAUAGUUAUACCAGAAGACUUUGAGAGCCAGAAGGAGAUGGAGGAGUUUAUUCGUGGAGCUGUGGCUCAGGUGGAGGCCGAGAGGGACGAGGCCAGGAGGCUACUGGAGGAGGAACACCGGCUCCACAUGGCAGCCAGGCACCAGGCCGCCCUGGCCCUCAGCCUCGAGCACCAACACCACGGCCACGCACCUGAUUACGACCAUGACCACGACCACCAUCACGACCACGACCACGACCUUGACCACAGCCACGACCACCAUCAUGACCGCGGCCGUGACCACCAUCACGACCACACGGAGGGCCAGCACGGUCACUGUGAACACAGUCACGAGCUUUCAGAAGGAGGAGUACCGGUGGAAGUUCAUCUGACCCUGCAAGCUGCCAUGGAGAAGAUUCAGCAUCGUUUCACCUCCCUCAUGAGGGAGAAGGCUGACCUGAAGGAGAGAGUGGAGGAGCUGGAGCACCGCUGCAUCCAGCUGUCUGGAGAGACGGACACCAUAGGGGAGUACAUCGCUCUGUACCAGAGUCAGCGGGCCAUCAUGAAGCAGAAACACCAGGAGAAGGAGCAAUACAUCAGCAUGCUGGCCCAGGACAAGGAGGAGAUGAAAGCGAAGCUGGCAGAGCUGCAGAAUCUGGUGAUGCGGCUGGUGGCCGAGAGGAACGACUGGUACAGCCGCUACAACGGAGCUGUAGCCCGCGCGGGCCCAGUGAACCCCGACAUGCUUCCUGUUGGGGAGGAGCGCACACACACACACCUUGAUGCUUCCAGUGGAGCAGAAGCCAUGGAGGUCAUUCCUUUGUCAGAGCCCACCGCGGGCCUGGAGGCCGCCCCCUCGUCCCAGUCGCUGUCGAGCGGGUCCGCCCAGAAUGACUCCCAGCCUUUGGGGCCCAAAGAGGACGGCACAGCCCAGCAGAUCAUGCAGCUGCUCCAGGAGAUCCAGAACCCCCAGGGAGCACAAAGAUCACCCCCUUUCCUCGGGGAGAACCCCUGCAUCCCCUUCUUCUACCGGCCCGACGAACAGGACGAAGUCAAGAUCCUGGUGGUGUGAGGUCUGGCUGAGGCUGCCGUGUGUGUAUGUAUGUGAGAUAUUGGACAUGUCGUGAAGUCUGGGGAAUAUUAAACGCCACCGUAUACCCGUGUUUGUAGCUUGUUGAUCUGAUUCACAAACACUUUUCAAGAAAUAUGACACCCUGCUACAUUAGUCACAGAUAUCUGAAUGUCUUUGACCCAGUUACAUUACCCCCCCCCCCACCCCCCUCUCGCUCUCUCUCUCUCUCUCUGCUCUGUGUUGGCACACAUGUGUGCAUGGUAAAAAGGAGUGUAUUAUCUAUUUUGUUUUUUUGGGGGGUUCUUUGUUUAUGCUGCUCUUCCCAGGGAGAUAACCAGUAUUUCUUAGCGCAAUCUAAUUAUUUUCCAUACCACCUUUUUUGAAUCACCAUUUCCCCUCUUGUCUCCCAUUUUACACAUAAGUGCAAUAAAAGGGCCGUAUAUAUUCCGAACCCUCGCUGACACAGGACUACAAGAGCUGUAACGUGUGUGCAACAUCAGUGCAAAUCUCAGUUUUACACAAUUCACUGUACAGAUGCCAAAUAAGAGCGUCGCGUGUGAAUGUAAUAACCCGAGUAUUUACCCGUAUGUCUGUGCAAUGUGAGGAGAGCUGUGGGUGGUGAAGAGGUGCAAGUUGAAGUUGGAUGGAGAACCUGAGGGCGCAGACUGGCCUUUGAACUGUCGGCGCUGUUCUGUUUCAAAGUCGAGAGUUGGCUCGUGAGUUACAUGAUGAGAUUCAGGAGGACGGGGGCCGGUGUCGUCGAUUGGUCCUGUUGCUAAAAUAACCUUUUCUCUACCUUUUUGUUGUCUUUUUGCUCCAAACACUGAAAAUAAGUCUCAUUUUUGUACAAUAUGAAUUGUUAAUGUCUGUGUGUUGUGAUGUCAAACAUCCUGUUGGACUGAGAAGUCACGGCUGUUAUGAGAAGAUGGUUUCUAACGUCAUUGAGGGGAUAGAUGCAAUUUAUAGAGUCCAUGUAAACAUAUUUUCGACGGUUAUUAAGACAUUAUUGUCAGAGUGUAAUUCUGAUGAAUGGUAGUGCUUGGGCUGUUUGCUUUGGAUUGUUUUCCACAUUAUUUUUUUCUUUGUCAUUAGCCUGAUAGAUAUUUAGGUUUAGUGACUGGAGGAAGUUACAGGAAGUAUGGCGUUAAAAUAAACGCCUAAGUCGUCGCUCUCCUCACAAAUGUCCACACUUUAUUUUAUUUAUUUUCUUUGUCCCUCAUCAUCGCUGCUCAACUAUAACUGAGCGCUAAUUUAAAUUCCAUGUUUUUUUGUUUUGUUUCUCAACAAACACUAUUGAUAUGAGCCUGUGCUUUGGUUACGUUUGCUUCUAUUUCCACAUGUCAAAGAUGAAUUAAUGCACAUCCUUUACAACUGGACUGAGUUUACGUGUGUGUGUGUGUGUGUGUGUGUGUGUGAGAGAGAGAUCCAAACUGUUUCCUCUUUACCCGAAGUUGCAUCUGUUGUCCUUUUUGAAGAGUUCUCUCAGAUUGAUGUAAGUAUGAUUCACUAAACUGUACAAAGCCUCUGAGGAGUCUGCGUUGUUUCUACCACCGAGCCCCUUCAUGACCUCUGGGGGAAUCCUAUGACGCCCCAGUCUGAAGCUGAGGGUUCCAGUUGAAGCUCAUUCAUGUAAUGGAAAGUGUGUUGGUGUGUGUGCAGUGUUGCACUCGGAGGGUGAAUUGUAAAUAUGAAUAGAAGGUGAGAUCCCAAAGUUAUGGGACCACUCUGAAUAUGAAAGUCUUUCCAAAACUAGUCACAAUUGUUGUAUUCAUAUUUUGGAGCUCACUUAGUAAAUCUCCUUCAGGCAUUGAAAACCAGAACUUGGGUGGGAUCCCAAUAUAUGAACCUCUUUUUCUUAAAUGUAGGACACGUCUGGCUUGAAGGGAGAGAUGCUCAUUUUCACAACUGUAGAUUGGCGGAUGGAUUGAUUGACAACUUCACUGUCGAGCCUUUUCCCUUUGCAACGAGCGACUCGGAGCAACGCCGUCACGGCUCACUUGUGUUUAAUUUCAGAUGAAUUCAAACAGAGGCCUCUGGUUUUUCGGAGUCUUCCCAUAGUUUUAAUAUGCAAGGACAGGAGGGGCAUACAGAAAUCCCGGUGACUGCUUUUGGAGGUUUUUUAACCUCAUUUGGAUGUCUUUGAAUUUUAAAAUCCUCUGUUGUGUUUCCGUUGAGCUAGAGGACGCGUCUUCAAUUGUUAAAUAGCACACUUGAUAUUUAUAACUAAAUGCAACGGGGCAGAAGGCGUUAGUGCAGAUCUUGGUCUUUUAAACCUAUUAUAAGAUGUAAUAUGUGGAGGCCAUAUGCACUUUACAGUUGUAAACUGUUUUUCACAGGCAAAGUAAACAAUGCAUUAAACCUGCAACAUUGUGCUAAUAUCCGAGGGUUUUGAAUACAUUUACUUUAAUCAUUCUUGAUUUUUUUUAUUUUUUAUUCCUCUGCUUCUUAGCAUUUUCUCACUUAGUGAUUUUCCUUUUUGAAACGUGAAAUAAGAUAUAUUUUUCUUCCUUUUAUGUUGUUUUUGGUUAGACCAAAAGUCGAGCAACAAUAAAAUCCUUUGUGUUUCGGGGCUUGUAAAAUAACAAUUAAGACGAUGUGGAUACAAUUACUUCCCACACUCUGAUUCUCUGUUAAGUAAGAUAUGCGUGAUGAAACUAAUAGCAAUGAGAAAGCAUUUAUUGUCUUUCCGGUCAACGUAAAGGUGGUGUAUAUACUGUAACUGUGUAACAUAUUGUAUAUUCAUUAUGCCGGGUGUGUGGGGGAAAGCUGCUCUGCCAUGUUUACUGGCGGUGGGUCUCUCUGUCGUUGGCGGUUCCUGACGGGCUGUGAUUUAAUACAAAGGUCGACUAAAAAAGAGAGAAUAUUCUAUUUAUUUGGAAUACGUUAGUAUCUCAACUAAUCAGUUUAAAUGUAAAAUAGAAGUCAUUUUUGGAUGGAAAUGAAGGAUCAUUCAGAGAACCGAUUUGUUCGAGGCCUGCUUCUGACAGAAGCUUUCUGAUUUGUUUUCCUCGAGUAAUAUUUUCUCCCAUUCUCCUGAUUAAAACUGAUCGAGCAACUUGAA